AAAAGAGUUGGUAGCACAACAAGACCUAUUAGAAUCGGAGGUACGAAAAUUCCAAAAACUGAAAGACGAGGAUAGAAAAAAGUUCGUUGAUGAUCUACUGGCAGUGGAAAUAAGAACUGACAACAUCGUCAGGCAGCUUCUGGCGAUCAAACAUUCCGAAUCAUUUCAUGAACAAUUCUCACAAUUGCAACAUGAAGAAGAGGAAAGGCUUUUGCAGAUUUUCAGAGAAAGGAAUCACGACGAAUUACGAAAAAAAGACGUUUUACUUUCUAUGGAACAAAUGUUGCUGCAAGGAGACAUAGAAAUAUUUUCCAGGAGAAGUUGUGAAUUGGACACUGUUAAAAAUCAUGUCAUAGAAAGUGAAUUAGAGACAGGUAAGAUGAUAGAUUCUCAUCUGUGCAAACGGGACACGAGACAGAAUGAGCUGAUUGAAAUUCUGCAAAGGGAUGAACAAAUGCAAAGGGAGUGCCUUUUAAAAUUAUUAGCAAACAGAAACGACUGCGAAAGCUGGUGCCUGGUACAGAGACUACGUCUAGUCGAGACCCAAUUGAGUGAGCUGACCAAGCUGGAACUCGAGAAGAGGAAAAUGCAAAAUGAUAGCACACUGAACGAUUUGUCCGAAAUGAGAAUGGAGCUUGCAGCUCAUUUAAUCGAGUUGCUUGCUGAAAGGGAUGAGCGCAAACAAAAGCUGGUGAAGACAAUUCAGGACAUCGACAGAGAGCAAGAAAAAUUCUUCAAGGAAGAUUUGUGGUUGAUGAGAUUCCAACAAUUGAUGGAUUCGAUGCCAGAGUGCUUCCGCGAAACCAAUUUGGAUGUGGCUCUGAUGCAAAUUUUAUUAUCUGAAGGGCUAUUAAACUAUUUGCCUUAUUUUGGACGCCUCAUGGACAUCGUAUCAAAUGACACAAUGAAGAUAACAUACGAGUAUAUUCGUGAAGCCGGUAUUAAAGAUGAAGAAGCCCAAGAGGCGAUAAUGAACGCCAUAAGAAUUUAUAACCAAGGAACGGAUCGGAAUUUGUAUUCAAAAUCUAAAGAACUCACCAGAGAUGAAGUUCAGACUCCGACAGCUCCUGCAGUUGUUGGGUCACCGAGUUGUUCAAAUAUUAUUACAAACGAUAAUGGAAUUAAUGCAGAAACCUCAGUAAUGAACUCUGAGUGCGUUAUUUGUAUGGAUCAGGAGUGCCAAAUGAUAUUUGUGCCAUGUGGUCAUAUGUGCUGUUGUAUUUCAUGUUCUUCAAACGAGGAAUUACAACUUUGCCCUAUGUGCGAGCAGAAUUAG